CGCGCAGCGAGACCACGUUGCCUCGUCGCCUCUCGCAGCCACUCGCGCGGGCAACGUCGCACCUCGCGCGCCGCGAGCUGUCAGUUUCGCGUGGUCGGCUGCGCGAGUCGGGUCGCGGAGCGCUCGAUACUCUCCGGGCGCGAGAGAGACAGAGGGGGCGACCGAGUGCGAGCGCCGUAGGGACAGCCAUGAGGAACGGCUUCAGCUUCUGCAAGUCGGCGGGCAGCGGCUUCUACCGCGAGGACUUCUCCGCCCGGCGGAGGGCCUAGGCUCGGAGAUGACCGAAGCCGGGCCCGAAGAGCUCCGACCGGCCGCGGAAACGCGCGACCGCCGUCUGAGACGGCGGCGCGCCGAACCGCUCGACCAGUGCCCCGAGGCCUGCGUGCUCGGGCCCGACCGACUGCGGCCCCUCGCCGCCGCGCUCCUGCGCCAGGUCGCCGGCGCCGGGCGCCGGGCCCGCUGCGAGCCCUCCUUUGCCUGUCCCGCGUGCGAGGGCACCCUCUGCCAGCCCGCCACCGCCAGCUGCGGCCACUCCUACUGCCGCGGCUGCUACGAGCCUGCGCGCGCAUGCCGCGUCUGCGGACAGCGCCUCGGGCCCCUCGGCAAGACCAACGUGCUCGUCCAGCGGCUCGUCGAGAAGUGGUGGCCCAGGGACGCCCAGGCCAGCUGGGCUCGCCACGAGGGCGACGCGCUCCUCAGGGAGGGCCGUCACGCGCAGGCCCUCGAGCGGUACAACGUCGCCGUGCACCUUGCGCCAAGCAGUCCGCUGCAUCUCAGCAACAGGGCCCACGCGUUGCUUCUGCUGAAUCGGCCGCAGGCCUCCCUCGCGGAUGCCGACCACGCGGUGAGGCUGCGUCCGGACUGGGCCAAGGGUCACUAUAGGAGAGGAGUCGCCCUGUCGGCCCUAGGAAGACACGAGGAGGCCCUCUUCGCCCUUUGCACCAGUGUCGCCAUCGAUGGCCAUCCCCAGGUGCAGGUGCGCCACGAGGUGACCAGGGUACUCCACCGUGUCUUGACGUCGAGCCUGCGACGUCGAAGCGUCGCCGUGUCUCCUUACAACGUGCCCAGGUCGACGCCUCGCCUCAGGAGAGAGAGGCGCCGACAUCCCUUGUCGACGUCUCCGGCGUCGCCGACCCCUUCGCCGCCUCCACCUCCACCCUCUUUGCAGCUGCCCUUGGCAUUGCCCUCCGAUCUCAGGCAUCGGCGAACGGCCUUGAACACCUCCGACUGCGAGGACAACAGCAGCGACGAGGAGGAGUUCGCUCAGACGAUAUGCAGGCGCUCGCAGUAUGGAGUGGUGCCCCAGGACACGGGGAAGCUGGGAGCGACGCUGGACCGGCUCUUCCAGGAGAUGGAGAAGUUCAAAAGAGUGGAGACGAGGCCAGCGGAGAAUCCGUUGCCACCCGUGGGUGGUGGGGAACGCGGCGACCUGGACUGCAUCCUCUGCUGCAGACUCCUAUGGAGACCGGUGUCCACCCCCUGCGGCCACACGUACUGCUGGAUGUGUCUGGAUCGCUGCCUGGACUACUCCUCGGCGUGUCCUCUCUGCGUCACCUCGCUCGCCGAUUACCUGGCUAGCAGUCGGAAGACGGUGACGGACUUCGUGGAGAGGGCCCUGAAGAUGGUCGCACCUGCCGAGUACGCCUCCAGAACGGCCAGCCAUCGCCUGGAGCUGGUCCAGGGUCUGGGACUCGUAGGGAGCGAACAGAUCGCCGUCUUCGUCUGCACGACGGCGUUUCCAUGCGUCGCUUGUCCGCUCUUCGUCUACGAGCCGAGGUACAGGUUGAUGGUGAGGAGGUGCCUCGAGAGCGGGGUGCGCCAGUUCGGGAUUGCGGCCUGCUUGAACCGAGAAGCCACCGGGACGAAGAGGUACGCCGAGUACGGCACCAUGCUGGAGAUCAAGGACAGGGUUCUUCUAAAGGACGGAUGCAGCAUCCUCGGCACGGUGGGCGGCAGAAGGUUUCGAAUCCUCUCGGGUGGAGAACGGGAUGGCUAUGACACGGCGCAGGUGGAGUUCCUCAGGGACUCGCCCGUGCAGACCGAGCGACUCAGCGUGCUGCAACUCCACGAUAAGGUGCGGUCGAAGGGCAGGAAAUGGUGGGGAACGGUCUCCUCCUCGCAGCAGACGGAAAUCCAGCGAGUUUUCGGCAGAAUGCCCGACACGGAGGAUGACUGGCCCCGACUUCCGGACGGCCCGGCCUGGGCAUGGUGGCUCCUGGCGAUCCUACCUCUGGGACCCCAGCUCCAGGUCGGCAUUCUGGGCACCACUAGUCUGGAGAAACGACUCAGGGCUAUCGAGAAGACCCUCGACCACAUGGAGAAGAGCCAGCUGACCGUCGCUAGGGCGCCCUCGGAGGACACCACCACCUCCGCCAGCAUAUGCAGGGACGGCCUGGACAUUACCGAAAACUCCGUCGUCGUCGCGCAAAGGACAUAAAGGAUACGUCGUCGUCCUUACAUUGAUAUCCUACGAGGGGGUGGCACCUUGAAAAGGGAAAACUCGAGGUCGGUGCAGCGACUCCGCGCGCUGCAACACAUCCGAGGACGCGGGGCGAGGGCCUCGCGCGGUUCGGUACUCUCCGUCGAUACGCAAUACGCAAAUCCGUUCUUCCACUAUCGUCUGUGUAUACUUAUACGUCUACGUAUUCUCUCUCUCUCUCUCUCUCUCUCUCUCCAUCUCUUUUUCUCACGUCCUCACCCGAUGUACGAUUGUCGCGUCGAAACCUUUCCGAGUCCCUCUGGCUCUGGAGGCCCUCGGAGGGCGUCCCCAGGGUGUGCGACCCUGAGGAGGGCCCUACACCUAGACAAUCGGCUAUUCCGAAUUUCAGGGCUCCCGGUGGGAACCUCCGCUCAGCGGAAACGAGAUAUCGACGCUUAUAUACAGUAAGCCUAUUCCAUCACUCCUAAGACUUCGACGUACGCUAGCCCAUAGUAAUUUAUUUUCAUGUGGUUUUUUAAAGGUCACAAUGAAGCUUAGCGACUGUAUAAAGUUAGGGACGUCAUAUCGACCGUGCAAUCAAACGUUUAAAUGAAUGAAUAAAUAAAUAUAUAUAUAUUUAGGGUGUACCGGCGCGUUACCAGGUCGUCGGCGACGGCGCCACCGGGCGAGCUUAGCUCCUGGUGACGAUGCAAUGAAGACGACGAGGAGAACUUUUUUCUUAAUAAGGUACACGUCGUGUUUCUAUUCUCGUAGGUGCCAAGCACCUUUCCAUCCUUUGCGCGAGCUCGACCACGCGACGGAGGGUUCGAUAUUAAUUAUAAAUAUACACGUAAAUCUACUCGAGACCUUCGACGAGGAUUAUAAAUCAUGCAUUGUGAUAUUACUGUAUAGCCUUUCCUUGUAUAUUGUAACUACCGCUACGACGCGUCAUUUGACUUUCCAUUUUUACUUCGACAUUUCUAUAUUUAUCUUCAUCCUCUCUUCAUAUCGAGAUAUUGUAAUAAAACAUUGCGAAUUCAA